GUUAACUUUCCACUAUUCCCAGCAGGAAACGUAUAUAAACUUGCGCUCGAACUAGGAAAACUACUUUCGAUCUAUAUAUACGAGUCUUCUCUUCUUCACCUAUCACUUUUAUCUCUUUCUUCGUCGUCUUCUUCUUGUAUCUUCUUCCCUCUCCUCUUCUUGAGUUGUAACCUUUUUUCGCUUACUCAAGCUAGCCCCAGUUUUUCAUUCGUUUGAAACACUGAUCAAUAUAUUUUUAUAUAUAUAUAUAUAUGGAUCAGCUGCCUACACCUGUAGUUUCAUCAAUGGAGACGGCGAACCUGAAUUCUUUGUACGUCGGUGACCUUGAUGCCACCGUGACUGAAGCGCAACUCACCGAGUUUUUCUCUGGCAUGAAUGGAUUUGUUUCUGCUGUACUUUGUAAGGACAACAACACCGGACAAUCUCUACGUCACGGUUUCGUAGAGUUUGCUGAGCCGGAAUCUGCAAGGGUAGCCAUGGCUACAAGGAACAAUACACUUAUGAAUGGUAAAGCCAUUCGAGUGAUGUGGCGACAUGAUGACUAUAAAACAAAUGAGGAUGCAAAUCUUUUUGUCAAGAACUUGGACUCCUCAAUCGACAACAUGAAGCUUCAAGCUAUUUUUUCAAACUACGGAAAUAUUUUGUCUUGCAAAGUUCAAGUGUUUGACAAUGGAAACAGCAAAGGGUACGGCUAUGUUCAGUUUGAAACACCAGAAUCUGCCCAAAAAGCUAUUGAAGAACUUAAUGGUCACUACAUCGAAGGAAAGAGAAUCUAUGUUGAUCUUUUCAAGAAAAAGGAGGACAGAAUUCAAUCUGACGUCGAACAUACAAAUCUGUAUGUGAAGAAUUUGAAGCAGAGCGUGACGGAAGAAACUUUGCAGGAAAAGUUUUCAGUGUUUGGAAACAUUACCAGCUUGGUUAUUUCAAGAGACUCCAAUGGAGUUUCAAAAGGGUUUGGCUUUGUAAACUUUGAGAGACCAGAGGAUGCCAAAAAGGCUGAGGAGUCUAUGAAUGGAGCACAACUCGAGUCAAAAGUGUUAUAUGUGGCAAAGGCACUGAAGAAACAAGAGCGGCAACACACGCUUCAGCGUCAGCUUCAGGGAAUGUCACUGGAGGAGCAACUUCAACAAGACAAGGGUUUCAAUGUAUAUGUAAAACACAUAAAUGAUGACGUUGAUGAAGAUCAACUGAAAGAAUUUUUUAACAUAUGUGGAAUGAUCAAAUCUGUUAAGAUUAUGCGAAAUAAUAAUAGAACAAGUCGAGGUUUUGGUUUUGUAUGCUUUUUCAAAUUCGAAGACGCUGAACGAGCUAUCAGAAUCUUCAAUGGUAAGUAUGCAAGUGUAGUUUAUUAA